GUUGAAACUGCGGAGCAUGUGACUCCGCCUUCUAGUGGAGCUUGCUGUUCUUCAGCAUGGCGGAGGCGAAGAAUGGCAAGAAGAAGGAAGACAAGAAGGCCAUCAAAUCUGCGGAGAAAGUAGCAUCCAAAGGUCCUGCGAUUCACUUAGAUCCGCCCGCUGGCACACGGGACUUUUUCCCUGCCGACAUGAGGAUGCAGAACUACAUCUAUGGAAAGUGGAAGGAGACAGCGCGACUCUAUGGCUUCCAAAUGUACGAUGCACCCGUCUUGGAGCAUGAGGAACUCUACAAGCGGAAAGCCGGUGAAGAGAUCACCGAACAAAUGUACAAUUUCGAGGACAAAGAAGGCUACAAGGUGACCCUGAGGCCAGAGAUGACGCCUAGCCUGGCACGCAUGGUGUUGAGCCUCAUGCGAGCUGAAACAGGUGAAAUGGCGGCGCUGUUGCCCUUGAAGUGGUUUUCCAUCCCACAAUGCUGGCGUUUCGAGACCUGCCAACGAGGAAGAAAGCGAGAACAUUACCAGUGGAACAUGGACAUCGUGGGGAUCUCCACAAUCCAUGCUGAGGUGGAACUCCUCUCAGCAAUCUGCACUUUCUUCCAGUCGGUGGGCAUCACUUCCCAGGACGUUGGGAUCAAGGUGAACUCGCGAAAGGUCUUGGGAGCCGUGCUCAGAAACUCCGGCGUGCCAGACCAAAAAUUUACCGAGACCUGCGUGGUCAUCGACAAACUGGAUAAAAUUGGAGCCGAGGAAGUUGUGAAGUUAUUGGUGGCUGAGCCCAUCAAUCUGGAGAAGGCGGUGGCAGAACGCAUCGUGCACGCGACGUCGGCCAAAACCCUGGACGAAUUCGCAAAUCUGGCAGGGGUGGGAGAAAGCGACGAGGUGAAGGAGCUGAGAUUGCUCUUCAAACUGGCAGAGGAUGAAGGCGUCGUGUUGUUUUCCGGUGCCCUUAAGGUGAAAGAUGCCUUUUAUGCACGACAUCAGAGAUGGGCAUAA